AAGCAUCUCUACAUACAUAACUACAUACAUACUACAUCUCUCUCCCCGCCGUCAUACACCACCACCAUUUCAACUUCAAUAUUCCCACAUCACCUCUGCGCAACUAAUUCGUACGUAUGUAUUACUUGAUUGCAUCCGAACAAUGUAAUCCAACUAUAAUAAUUAACAAUCACAACAAACAGACAAUCAAUACACCAUGAUAACCCGAUUCAUCACCGAAGUGAACACCAAGUUCAACCCUUUCUCUAUUCGCUCCCGAGCCACGAGGCUACUCCUCAACAACCUACCUCCCUACGUAAGACAAAAUGGCAUGCUAGUCAACACCACUCUCUUACCGCGCAAUUCCACCGAACCAGCCACUCUCCACGUCAAGUUUAAGGAUGGGAAGGAGAUGCAUCUAGACGGCGAAACACUGGGUAUCAAGGGUAUCAUCGAAGAGUUGGAUAGACAUUCGCGAACGUUACAGAAGCAAGCCGAUCUAGCAGAUGGCUGAGCACACUACUUGCACACUACUUGCAUAACAAUCCGUUUAGUUUUAUGACUAUUAUUCCUUGGUCUUACUCGAGCUAUAUACAUGGCACUUUCCUCAGCGGGUUCAAGCAGCAGCAGUAGUAGUAGUAGCAGUAGUAGCAGUAGCAGCAGCAGCAGCAGCAGCACCAUCACGCCCCUCUUUAGUCGUGCAUUCGCGCAUUCGCAAACACAUCUACGCCGCGAAUAUAGCAGGGCCAUAUUUGCUAUCCCCG